AUGGGCCAUUGGUUUGCCCGGGGCGUCCAAUCCGCCAUCUUCCACUAUGCUUCCUGCGCACCAUGUACCGGCGCCAUGCGGCGAAGGAAGCGCAACAAGCAGGCCGCCAAAGAACACGCCGCGAAGAAGGCCCUUGAAGCAGAGCAGCCGGAGCACUACUUCCAGCCCUCGCCGUCGACAACGAACCCAUACUGGACCGAAGAGAUUGCGAUGGGCCCAGGUCCUCCACCGCGGAGAAGAGGAAAGAGUUCGAGGACCGAAAGUCGAAGAGUAAACACUGUUGGCACGCAAAGUAGUGCAGGCAGCCGAGAUGGUAGUAGCCUCAUUAUCAGUCCGCAUGCAGGAGGUGAUCCUAUGAGGUCGGACGACACACUCAGCGAUGACAACUGGAAUAGGCGGAGAUACCAGAGGGAAGACGAAGACCUGUGGGGUCUGGGCGAUGAAGAUCCAAAAGUGCGACCCGGACGACAGCAGAGCACUGCCGGCUCGUCAAUUGGCUUGGCCGGCAUCCCCCAGCCGGAGUCAACACGCAGUUCGGAGCAGACAUACUACACCGCAAGACUACCUCCUGUCAACGACCUCCAUCCGCCCAUAGUCAGCACGCUCUCAAAAAAUCCAGCGGAUAUGAGAUGGAUGCUGCAACCACCUCCCAAGGCAGCAAUCAUGAACGGCAAAGAGAGGGCAAGCAACAGGAGUAGAAGUGGCAGUGGAGCGAGUAGCAAGCUCGACGUCAAUUCGCACCGGCAGGUCGGUCACCGGCGCCUUGAGGAGCGACUCCAGAGAACCAGCUCAAGAUCGGGAACACCUGACACGUCUUCGCUAUCCCGCGCCAGCUCCUCGAACUACCAACGGAUGCCUUCAGCACCGAACUCUAGACCUGCCUCCUCUGGUGCCCACCGAGCAGUGAACCGGGGCCCGCCACUCAAGAUCCACACCGAGGCCGCUAAGUCAUCCGACACCAUUGUAUAUACCCCGACCAUGCCCGCUGACAGCGCCAUCAGCGGGAUAUCUCAUCGUCACUCCCGAGCUGCCUUGUCAACCAUCAUAUCCAGCGGCUCACUGUCGCCUCCAGCGAUGGCCUCUCCGCUCUACCCAUCAAUUACCUCGCCCUCGUCUGGAGAGAACAGUCCGCCAGCCACCCGCACGGCACAGAAGCGGUACGACGGCCUCUCUGACGCUAUCAACCCGGUAGCCAUCACCAAGCCCGACCGCACCGUCGUGCGUGACAGCUCUCUCAAGCUCCUCCAAGAAGUCGUGUCUCCAAGCGCGCUGCUCAACUCCCGCUUCAUCAGGGCACCAGCAGUGGAAGCGAGAUUCAAGCUCCCAGCCGCAGACUCAACUGAAAACUUUGAGCUCGAGAAGGGGAAGCAGCAUUGGUGGAGGACGGAGGAGGGGUGGAUCACGCCGACCACGCCGAGGGAUAAGAGUAUGAGGUGGAGUGUUGACUUUUGA